AUGUGCCAAGGACUCCAACAGCUCCAGCAUGAGUUCUUCCAGGACUUGAAUCCUGCUGUGUGCGCUAAUUGUGCGCUACGACCCACUAGGGCCUUUGUGAUCCAGCUAUGCCUCCGCUCUGCAAGGAGCCUGGAUGAGCAGCCCUCGGAGGUGGAACCCCAGCCUGAGAAAGACGGUGAGGACACGGAGGACGCCGAAGACAUGCAGAGCGAAGAUGAGGAAAGCGAGGAUGAUGAAAACGAUGAUGAUGAGGGUGAUGAUGAUGAGAUCGAGGACGCAGACAGUGAGGAUGCAGAGGCUGAGGGAUCGUACGCAACGACCGAGGACGCAACGGUGGUUUCCGAGGACAGCAUGGCGGAGCAAGAGGUUUACUUAGAUGAUGGCGUGCCUGCGCCACACGUCCCAGAAGUGCGCCCCGUUGGUGAGGCAUCUCAGGCGAGCAUGUCGGAUGGCUCCAAGAAAAGUCCAACUUCUGAUGCCUCAGCCAGCCAAGCUACAGAUUAUCUGGAAGAGGAUGGACCUGAAGCCUGGGAAGGCGACAUGCUGGAAACGGCAGUUCUAGCCGAAGCUAACGUCACAAGAUCAGAGGCGCUCGAGAGCUUGACCAGGUAUGGGAAUGGCUCCGCUUCUGACUCCUCCUGCCUACCAGCCCAGAAUGUAAGUGGAUAUGUGGUGUCCGAAGACUCUCUGGCCCGGGCUGCCUUCUCUGUGCAGGUAGCAUGCGCUGUCGGCUUCCAAGGCCUUGCAACAGUUUCGGCUUGUGAGGUGCCUGGGAAGCCAUACCAGCUCAGCGGAUGCGAGGCUGAGACAACCGACACGGGUAUCACGGGUGGGGCAUGCCUUGCUGCAAACGCUACAGGCUACCUGGUUACGGAGACGUCCUUACAGCGUUCAGGCUUUGAAGUCUCAGCCAUUUGCCUUCCUGGCUGGACUGGGCAAGCGCAGGCAAAGCCCUGCAAGAUGCCUGGGGAGACCUACCAGUUGGUGGGUUGUGAGGCGGCCUCCCAACUUGACUCGCUGCCAUUGCCAUCGCUGCCCUGCCUCGGCAACUGGACCCUGACCAGCAUCCAAGCCUUUGCGGAAGAUCUUCGCAUCUUGGCCUCUGACCUGGAAGCUCACCUUCACACGAUGCAGGUGAAAGCAAACCUGUCUGCUCUGCCGCCGACGCCUGCAGCAGAGGCUGCUACCACUGUGCUGUCCCAGCUUCAAAGGGCUGCGCGCUCUGCGGGCAAUGCUGGGAGCGGGCCACUACGUGAUGCGGCACGGCGCCUGGGUGCCCGGCUUGCGCCUUUGGAUCCACGAAGCCCUGACCCAGAGACCCUCCGAGCCUUCGACGCCAUCAAGGCAGAAGCAACUAAGGCCCUUCAGACUCAGCCCAGACAGGAAGUGACGACGAGCGCAGAAACUCCAAGUCCAACAAUCCCGUCUCGCGAGUGCAACUUGCGGGGUGUCGAAGCAACGGGGAAGCGCUUCGAGGAGGCUUUGCAAGGCUUCCGAGGUGCGGUGCUGGCCAAGAUGCUGCCAAGGGAGGUUGAAAAUCUCCACAGAGUGGUUCAUACACUGGAAGUGCUACGCAAUUCUCUUCUGCAGCACUUCGCAGAACCGUCUGCGACUGAUCCUCAAUCAGAGUGUGAGCGGUACUUGGUUGGCGUUAGUCAGCUGGAAGCAGACCUUGCCCACUACCGGAGCCUCUUGGAUCCACCAAAGGCCUCUAGGCCCGUGUCUCAGCCUCUCAACGGGCAACUGCCCCCCCUGGAGCUGGCGCAAAGCGCAAACAGCGCGAGCCGCGUCCCCACUCGAGGCGCAGGGCCAGCGCUGAACGCGAGGUCAUUCCGCUGA